AUGGAUCACCAACAUAUUACAAAGGCGGCUAAAUCAAAGGAUGGUAUACGAAAAAGGAACAGAGUUCCCAAGUCCUGCACAGUAUGCAGAUUAAGAAAAUCAAAGUGCGAUCGCAUCAAGCCGUAUUGCUCCUCAUGCGUACUGCAUGGUAUUAAGGAGUGCCGAUAUGAUGAUAGGACGAUAUCUGAUAAAAGAGUUCCUGUCUCGGAGCUAGCAAAUGCUGUUCCCCGUAUCAGUGAUUCAAGUGACAUUACCGCUUGUAACGUUUUCGUGGAUUUCACUUGCAUGCAUCCACUUUUCAAUCACGACAUACCCAUAUUUCAUGGCCCUACUUCUUUAGUAACAUUUCAUGUGAAGGCCAACCCAGCCUUUACAGAAAGGUAUGAACAACUCUGGGCUAAAUAUGAACCUGAACGGUCUGAAUGGACGAAGAACUAUCACGGAAUUACACCAGAUGAAAGCGAGUACCAGAGACAGAAUGCCUCAGAAAAUACUUCAAUGUUGGAAGAACUUACCAAAGUCCUAUUACCUUUUGAAAUGAUGAAAAAUAUAAUUGAUGCCUUCUUCAAGGAAAGCCGACUAUAUGAUAUCAAUGGUGCUUUUUCCAGAGAACAGUGUUUGGCGGAUUUUUGUAGAAUAUUUCAGCCAACCGCUCAUAGAGAGUUCAGUGGACUAAGGAAUAUCUCAAGUCUAAAAAUUUCUAACCAAUGUGAUUACUAUAAAAUCGGAGUUAUUUUAACGAUUUGUUCAAUAGUGCAUUAUAAAAAGGAUAUACCCUUACCAAUUAAAUAUUUUAUGAAUCGACUAAACGUCUCAUCGAAAACCAGCCAAGUUUGUAUUGAAUAUGUGCAAGUUCAGCUUCUUCGAUGGUAUUCCUUAACAAUGUAUCCAAGUAAUACUGACACACUUGAGGAAAUAACCAUUGUAAACACACUAGUCAGUACAUCGCUAAUGCUGGGUUUACAUCAAGAUAUAAACUACAUAUACAUGGAUAAAUUACCCAAUAUUAUCCCUAAUUUGGAGACUUUAUGGCUUUGGACCAUGUUUGCCGAUCUCACCACUUCAUUUAAAAUUGGUAAACCUCUGCAGGUAGGCACCUCAUAUUAUAACGAUGCUUACCUUAAGGAUUCUACCGGGACGUCAAACGCCAGAUUGAAAAAGUUUUUACUUCUGGGAAGAACAACCAUUGAUAAACUAUACGAUAGACGUCAGAGCCUUAAUGUUUCAGAAGAAUCUAAAAGAAUAAAGAACUUCAUCAACUCGGAAUAUCCUAAUCUUACCGACUAUUUAGAUAUGAAUGAUAUACUCAAUUAUGCUUUUAGAGAUCUCAGAAUACUUCUAUUGUCUCUAGAAAUCUUGAUAUCAUUAUAUUCCCUUGAAUUUAUGGUAUUGAAGGUGAGGUCCGACGAUUUGAAGAAUAAUUUUAUUCAAACUAUCCUAGUGUCUUUUAAAUUAACCCAAAAUCUUUGUCUGUCAUCUUAUCAACACGAUAGAAAGUUUUUUAAAACUAUAUCAGAAGAUACAUCACCAAGCUCAUUUCCAUAUACAACAGCAAUCACAUCGCUCACAAAAGAUCUAGUCACACGUUCUUUGUUGAUAUUCUCCAAUCUAGUGUAUUACAGGUUUACUCUUUUUGAACAAGGCACUUUUAAAUUAGACGAUUUAGUCGGCAUGAAUUGGGAGAUAACUUCACUGGAUGUGCCAUCUAAUAAGUGCAUCUCUCUAGCCUCAGCAAUUGAAAUUUACAUGAAAAUCUUUUUACCUUGGCACGAUCUUGCACAUCAGAAUUUAAGGAAUGUCUUGGAGCAAUUUUACAAUUUUCAUUGUCUAUUUAUUCAGGAAAGAAUAUGUAAAACAAUUAUCGAGAUGGUCUUGGAAUAUCGAAAACAAUCAGAAAAAUCCUCAUUGGGCCUUAUUAAUUUUGAUCUUGCAGACCUACAGAAUGAUGGUGACUCUUCUGCCACAUCGUGCCCCUCAUCAACAGAGCCUGAUCCAAUAAACUCUUUUGCUGAAGAAGCACAAAAUAUACUUUCUGAACAAUUCUGGGCAAAAUUUAAUGAAAAUUGGGAUACUUUAUUAGAAGGUGGUACUGAUCUACCCCUUUAA